CAUUAGGUUUGUUUACUAGUUGCCAAAAUGUCCGUCUGUUAUUACACUACACACCCUAACAACACACUUUCACAACACGCAACAGGACCAAACACAACACCCUCAACUCACAACACAAACAGCUUCAUAACACAUACUAACACAACACUAACACAACUUUACAACAAACACAACACUUCCAAAACUUAGUUUAUAAACUUAUACUUAAUCUUGUGGUCAGACGUCCACAAAUAAAAACUGAGACAUUGUAAACUGUGUGAAUGGACAUGAACACAGACACAAUCGUGAACAUGAUUAGAAAAGAAAGUAAAAAAAAAAAGUGUACAUGAUUUCCCCCGCGUCAUUGAGAACAUCUGUAUAAACAAAACGCUCAUAGAUACAGAUGUGUUUAAAUGAAGGUUUAAAUGAAGAGUCAGUAAUAAGGGUUAAAAUGUUUUGUUAUGAUUGUUAAUAAUCACAGCGAUUAGUGAGUUCCAUCAUGUUUAGAUGUGAUUAUUGCGCUUGUUAUAUAGUUAUUGCGCAUUUAGUUUGUUAACAUUAUUGUAUAAAUAGUUCUAAGCAGUUUUAAUUUACAAUAUCAGCUUUUGGCACACGCCAGAGGAACGUACAACUCCAACAGAACCCUUAACUGCUCAGUUGUUAAGGUGUUGUUGGGAUUUGAACUCAUGGCCUUCCAAUCAGAAGUCCAACAUCAUAUCCACUGAGCUACCAGUACUUCGGGGAGGCCUGGGCAGAUUUAUAAAACACGUGAUGGCUAUUUUAUCAUCAUUACAGCAGUUUAUUUUUGUUUAUUGUAGUUUAUGUGAGGAGGUGAAGGAUUUUUACUGGAAACCUUAAAGGAAGCUUUUCAUCUCUUUUACAUCAGGGAUGGGCAGGCAAAUCCCAAGCCCCACCCCUUUCUCCUCAAAACACACAGGUACAAAACCGAAUCAUUAGACUACCAAAACAAGUUUAAGUCUCUUCCAGCUUCAGAAACAAACACACACACUCGACAGUGGGGAAUUUUUAAUCAAAAACUCACUGAUCAUACUCGGAUCACACUAACACAACUGCUGAGAUGGAUGAGUUGGAUGAGACUCAGCUGAAGGACAUGGUGGAAAGUAUGAAACAGCAGUUGGAUUUUCCACGAGAGAAAACAUCUGUGUCGAUCCCUGAGCUGGUGAAAUGGGUCGAAGGGAAAAUGCCCGAGGAUCCGUUUCUGAAUCCUGAGCUGCUCAAGUCAAAUCCGUGGGUGGAGUCUGGAAAAUGUGUCGUCAUCUAGCAUGAGCUGGAAUUUUCUAGAAAUCUGUUUGUUGGGAUCAAUUUCUACAUUUGACCGAUAUUUUCUUUCUCUUUAUUUCUGAAAAAGCUGCUUCACGACAAUGUUCGACUUUAUAAACAAAGCUAAACUGAGUAGAAAUAAACACCACAAGCAGAAUUAGAAGUAAUAAACGAUCCAAAAAACAA